AUGUUUGUUGGGUACGCAAUCCUUGCCCAUGGUGUUCCUACAGCGUGGUGGAAGGAUGUUACUACUGCGGAGGCCAAGGAGGAGAUCCAGACGAAAUGCAGGGAAUGCGCACCCCUCGCCGACGUCCAGUACGUGGCAUGGGCCAAGGGCGAUCAGCACGCGAAGGCGAAAGCAAAGUCAACCUUGGUGGUUUCCUUUGUGAACCCGAGGGACGCGAAAGAAGUUCUCAGUACGAAGUUGACGAUCAGAAACCACCCGUCCAAGACGGAGCUCUACCUCCCUAGAGGCCCCAUACCGGCUCACCUCGGAGUCCCGGGCAACGAACUGGCCGAUGAACACGCAAAGCGGGCCAUAGGAUGGCGUUCCGACAAGCAACACGUGUCACCGCCAGACGAGAGGUUCUCGGACCGCGUGCUCCGCUCCGCCGCGGAAAGAAUGAUCAAGAAAAGCCUGAAGGGGAAAUGGGCACACUCCUGGAAGAUCGGCAAGCAUGGCUCACACCUCCGGAGGUGGCUCCCGGUGGUGGAACCAGCGAGGACUGCCAUGAAACGAUACAGCGACCUCAGCGCCGCCCAAUCAGCCGGCCUGUUCCAGGCCCGGACAAGCAAGAUUGGGCUGAACCAUUUCCUCGCCUCCAUCGACCGAGCCGACACCGAAUGA